AUGUCGUGGUUGUGGUCGCUGUUUCUAAUAACUGUUGUACUAACGACGUACCUUUGGUCCCGCCGAAAACUAUAUUUGUUGGCAACCAAACUCCCAGGUCCCUCGAGUUUACCUCCAAUAGGAUGCGGCCUCAGAUUUCUCUGUGACAAAAAAGAUAUUCUAGACGUUUUUCUAGAUCUUACAACCCCAUAUUCCUCCCCGUGUAAACUAUGGAUCGGGCCAGAACUCCUCGUAUUCAUCAAAGACCCUAAACAACUGCAGACUGUUUUCCAGUCGUCUGCACUCUCAACCAAGGCCCGUUUUUACCGGAUUUUGGAAGAAUUUUUGGGGAAAGGCUUGGUUACUUCUGGUGGGGCGCUUCACAAGCGACACAAAAAGCUGCUACAACCCCUUUUUUCCCAAAGAAUGGUUGAUGGUUAUAGCCACUUGUUCCAAAAACACGCAGGCAAGUUUGUUCGUGUUCUAGAACGACAUAUUGAUGGAGACGAGUUUGACGUUAUGCCAUAUUUGCAUGACUCUAUAUUUGAGACAACGAUGGAUUUGCUUCUGGAGGAUGAAAAUAGUCACUCAAUAGAUUAUAAAGACGUCCCUACCUACGUCAAGAGAUUUUACGAACUCGGUUUUCAGAGAUUUAGAACCUUCUGGUUACAUUUUGAUUUUAUUUAUCAGAGGACUUCAAACUACAGAGAAGUGAGGACGAUGAAAGAAGUGGCAAAUACCAUGGUGGAGGAAAUAAUGGCCACCACUGUUCAGAAGGUAGUUCAAAGAUUGGAAACUGGUACCUUGACGAAAUCAGAACAGAUGAGGGCACCAUCAGUACUAGAACGGAUAGUCGAAAUUGGGCACUCUCAACCAGAAGUGUUAAGUGAGCAACACUCUAUAGAUCACUUAAUAUCACUAAUCGGAGCUAGUCAAGACACCACGAGUUCCGCUAUAGCAUUUACCUGCAUGAUGUUGGCAGCGUAUCCUCACAUACAAGACUUGGUUAUUACAGAAAUUCGAGACGUUCUUGGUCCUAAAACCACUCUAGAUUAUACUGACGCCUCCAAACUACAGUACCUCGAAAUGUGUCUCAAAGAAACCAUGAGGUUAUUCGCAGUGGUACCAUUCGUGUUUCGUCAAACAACUGAAGAUUUCCAACUGGGUGAUUUGAUAAUCCCGAAGAACGUGACCGUCGGACUGUCAAUAUACCACGCCCAUAGAGACCCCAAUCACUGGGAAAAACCAAACGAAUUUUACCCACAACAUUUCGUCCCUGAAGCAGUAACCAAAAGACACCCUUAUGCUUUCAUACCCUUUAGCGGUGGUUCCCGAAAAUGCCUAGCCCAAAUCUAUUCCUACACCAUUUUGAAAAUCUUUCUGGCAAAUAUCGUCCUAAAUUACGAACUAUCAAGUCCCCGAAAAGUCGAAGACCUUAAAUUGACUGCUGACAUCACAGUCAGAUCCUUGACCCCCUGUGACAAUCCACCACCUAUUGUUCAAACCACAGCAAUUACUUGUGGUUUAAUUAAAAACGGCCUGAGUAAUGAGGCAGAGAUAAUUCUUGCACAAGCUGCUGCAUUCGAUCACGACACCAUAAAUCAGGCAAUCUUGGUGGCUGCAGAAUUAUAUCAUUGUAAGUGUGCGAUGGAGUUUUUGCUGUUUUUGUCGGUUUUGGUUACACUGGGCGUUAUUUUUGUCGGGCGGUAUCACUGGUCGCGCAGGAAAUUGUAUUUGUUUGCGGGUAAAGUGUCGGGGCCUUUGGCGUUUCCUUUCGUGGGAAAUGGGCUGAAAUUUUUGUGCAGGAAGGAAGAUAUCUUAAACGUCUUCAUUAACGAAACAGACCAGUACCCAUCUCCAGUACGACUUUGGGUAGGACCGAAACUUAUCCUAGUGGUGAAAGACCCCACUCAAAUGCAGAUUAUUCUACAAUCUUCGAAAAUCGCAACCAAAGCCUUUGUUUACGAAUUCUUGGAACCAUUUCUGGGCAAAGGCUUGUUUACAGCGAAUGGUUUAUACCACAAGACUCAAAGACGGUUGCUGCAGCCCCUAUUUUCACAAAGACUCAUAGAUGGGUACAGCCACAUAUUCCAAAAACAUGCCAACAAGUUUGUGAAACAGAUAGAAAAACAUGUGGGGGGACCAGAGUUUGACAUUUCUUUUUAUUUGCACGAUUCAGCUUUCGAAUCAACGAUGGACUUGAUGCUAGAAGACAAAAAUGACCACUCCUUAGACUAUAAAGACGUCCCUCAGUUCGUGCGCAGGUUUUACAAUAUAGUUUUCACAAGAGUGCGAAACUUUUGGUUCCACUUUGACUUCAUUUACGAAAAGUCGUCGUACUUUAAGGAACAGUUAAUGAUGAGGCGGCUUGCAGACACCAUGAUUAAAGAGAUUCUAGACACAAGAGUUCCGGAGGUUGUUCAACGAAUAAAAAAUAACGAAAAGCCUGAAGAUGACAGAUCGCCGUCUAUGUUAGAAUCGAUACAAGAAAUGCUUCAAGAAAAUCCAGACUGUUUUAGCGAAAAAGAAUGUAUCGAUCACUUGAUGACUUUUAUGGCUACGAGCCAAGAUACUCAAAGCUCGGCUAUAGCUUUUACGUUCAUGAUGUUGGGAGCUUACCCCGAAAUACAGGAUUUGGUGGUUCAAGAACUUAGAGAAGUUCUGGGUCAACGCACGUCUUUAGACUUUACUGAUGUAACAAAACUGAAGUACUUAGAAAUGUGUAUUAAAGAGGCGAUGAGGUUGUACCCUGUGGCUCCUUUUAUAUUCAGGGAGACAACGGAAGAAUUUCAGUUGGAGAACCUCAUAAUUCCUGAAAAUGUUACUGUUACGUUGUCUAUUUAUCACGUCCAUAGGGACCCAAAGUGUUGGGAGAAACCGAACGAGUACUACCCAGAACAUUUUUCUGCAGAAGCUACAACCAAACGAAAUCCUUACGCCUUUAUACCCUUCAGUGCAGGACCCAGGAAAUGCAUAGCUCAACAGUACUCAUACGCCAAUAUGAAAAUAUUGUUGAGUACUGUACUCUUGAAUUACGAAAUAUUUUGCCAACAGAAGGUGGAAGACAUCCAGUUGACUACUGACAUAUCGAUCAGACCCCUUGGUGGUUACAAUAUUAAAAUAAAACCACGAAGUUUGUAG